UGUGUUCGCAGGAGCAGUAUGGAGUCGCUGCGCUGUCCCGUCCUCAUCGCGGCGUUGGCCGUCAGCCUGUGCUCCUCACUUGUCCUCGGGGACAGGAAAUUCGGUUGCCUGUUUGAAGACGAGCUGUGUGCACCCUACGAGUUCUGCGUCAAUGACGGGGUGUUUGGACGGUGCCAGGAGUUGGCCGGUGCUCAGCUGUACACGUACGAUAUAUCUCCCUCUGCUCUGGAGCGCCUCAGGAUCCUGCUGCAGAGACUGGCUCACAGAGGUCUGACGUGGCAGGACGACAUCACUCAGCAGGUUAUCUCCAGAGAGCUCUCCAAGCUGAGGAAUGUCCCCCUCCGCCACCAGGCCACGCCUCUGAGCCCCCCCGACCGCCCGAGCGCCUACAGCAGCUCCAGAGACAGAGAAGUGAGGCCUGCGCAGGUGGAGCUGAGCAAAAACCUCAAGCAGUACCUGACGGGUCUGGGCUUCCUGCCUCAGGCCGAGGUAGACGGCCAACGAGAGGGAGCCAGAGUUCAGAAUGAAGACAUCAAGUCUGAUGGUCAUUUGGAGUCCGGCUGGCCCAAACCCCAGCAGGGCUGGAAGACAACCCAUGUCUACAGCCUGCAGAAAGGAGCCGACCAUCCUCCUGUCACCAAAGUCUUCACGCAGAGUGGAGAGGGCCGGCACCCCAAGCUCAGUGCAACCCUCUCCAACCAGGACCCAGCCAGGAGCAAGCUGCUCUCCAGCCAGCUAGAGCGGCUUCUUGCCGUGGCACCAGUGGCUCAGCAGGGCUCCCCGGGUGAAGAGGCUUCCUGGCCCAAAGGAAAACUCCAUUACCUGAGCUACAUCCGGCCGGCUCUGAGUGAAAAUGCAAAGCCGCAGCCUCAGGAGGCUUUCGGCUCCAAAACCCAGAGGCCUAAUCUUGACAGACUGCUGUUCAAGGCCGGUACAAACCGACUGGGUGCCAAAGAACCUCUUAGUGUCACGGAUGAGCGGUUUAUCCAGAAUGUGGUGAAUCAGCUGGGAAGGCACAGCAUCAGCAUGGAGGCUUUAAUGGGCAAAGACCUGGACCAGCUGGCUGAAGUCAUCACAGGAGCUCUGCGGGAGGCGGACAAGCAGCAGCCCGCCGCUGGGGCGCGGCCAGGAGAAGAAGCUGCUGCCUCCAGGGGGGACACGGACGGUAACAUGGAGCCGCCAGCAGAUAUACAACCGAAUCAAGUCCAGGUCCUGAAAUCAGACAAAGGGCCGGAUGCAAACCAGAAAGACAUACUGGCAACGAAGCAGCAAGGCCAACAAGUAGACGGAGCAGACAAAGAGCCCGUUGACAAGCAUGAGGCUUUCUUCUCCAAGCUGCUGGACUACCUCAACCUGGAGAACUUCGGUGAUGCUGCGGAUGUCAGCGCCGGCCGACCAGCCCCCCUCCAGAAAAUGGUCGGGCUGGAGAGCGUCCAUAGCCGGACAAGCCAGGUCCAAGUCCCUGUGCCCCACCGCUGGGAAGAGAAGUCCGUGGUCGCGCCUGCGAAAGAUGGCUCCACGCUGCGGCUAACCGGUGGUGGGGGGGGCCCCGGCACACACGUGGACUCAGAGAUCGAGAGGUUGAUGCAGGCGAUUCAGGCCCCGGCGGGGAAGAAGCAGCCGGAGGAGGAGCCGCAGAAAAAUGACAUGAAAGUCAAAACUCAGCUGGUCCACGUGGGGGUGAAGGAGUUCUCCAGCAGAGGGAAGGACAGACACUUUGGCUACAUCAUCACCGGAACUGACUCCCUCACCACUGACCAGGGCUUGGACCUCAUGGAGCGGCUGACACAGGGGCUGGACCUCCAGGCCACAGACCUCACCCAACUCUCCGUCCUCGGACCCGCGAUGACUUUCAGAGUCGGAGCAAACUCCAGGAACAUCACCACCGCGGAUGUGGUUGAAGUUGCGGUCCGACAGAAGCAGCAGCUGGAGAAGGAGACAGGCCUGAAGAUAGUGGAGGCUGGAGUCAGUGAUAGGGGCAGCCUGACCCAGAUCCCCAUGGUGAAGGAGACCAGGGUGGAGUCGGGCCAGUUCCUGCUGCUCUCCGUCCUCUGCAUGCUCUUCAUCCUGGUGGCGCUGGCCGUGUCCGCCACCUUCUUCUGCGUGCGCCAGCGCUCCCACCUCCACAUGAAGGAGAAGCUGGCCAGCCUGGGGACUGACACCAGCACUGAUGCCACCGCAACCUAUCAGGAGCUGUGUCGCCAGCGGAUGGCGAUCCGGACAUCAGAGCGCGUGGAGCGGCCGGAGACUCUGCGCCACUCGCGGCUCAACAGCGUGUCAUCCCAGUUCAGCGAUGGGCCCGCGGCUAGCCCAUCCACCCGCAGCAGCACCUCCUCCUGGUGCGAGGAGCCGGUGCCAUCCAACAUGGACAUCUCCACUGGUCACAUGAUACUGUCGUACAUGGAGGACCACUUGAAGAACAAGAACCGUCUGGAGCGCGAGUGGGAGGCCCUGUGCUCCUACCAGGCGGAGCCCAGCACCUGCAGCGCGGGCCUGGGGGAGCAGAACUCCAAGAGGAACCGCUCCGACGCCGUGGUCGUAUAUGAUCAUUCCAGGAUCACCUUGAAAGCGGAGAACAACCACAGCAACUCGGAUUACAUCAACGCCAGUCCAAUCAUGGACCAUGACCCUCGCAACCCUACUUACAUCUCCUCACAGGGCCCACUCACUUCCACCGUGGCAGACUUCUGGCAGAUGGUGUGGGAGAGCGGCUGCGUCGUCAUCGUCAUGCUGACGCCACUCUCGGAGAAUGGAGUGAAGCAGUGUCACCACUACUGGCCCGACGAGGGAUCUGAUGUCUACCACAUAUACGAGGUCAACCUGGUGUCCGAGCACAUCUGGUGUGAGGACUUCCUGGUGCGGAGCUUCUACCUUAAGAAUCUGCAGACCAACGAGACUCGCACCGUCACCCAGUUCCACUUCCUGUCCUGGAUGGACCGCGGGAUCCCCGCCUCGGCCAGGACGCUGCUGGACUUCCGCAGAAAGGUUAACAAGUGCUACCGGGGUCGAUCGUGCCCAAUAAUCGUUCACUGCAGUGAUGGAGCUGGCAGGAGUGGGACUUACAUUCUGAUUGACAUGGUCCUCAAUAAGAUGGCGAAAGGUGCUAAAGAGAUUGAUAUUGCCGCUACCCUGGAGCACUUGAGAGACCAGAGAGCUGGCAUGGUCCAGACAAAGGAGCAGUUUGAGUUUGGGCUGACAGCCGUGGCAGAGGAGGUGAAUGCCAUCCUGAAGGCGCUUCCACAGUGAAGGCAUCGUCGCCCACCCCCCACCCCCCCUACACACACACACACACACACACACACACACUCACCUUCUCCUCGCUCGCUGAGCACCGGUUUCCUCUGCCCACUCAAGACUGACAUCUCUCCCUGCCCUUCCUUCUCCUCCUCGCUCUGUUUCUCUCUUCUCUGUCGCUGCCUCCUCUUCACCUCUAUAUAUACCGUAUACCUAUGAAUGUUGUGCCAGACAUUGCACCUGGAUCCGUAUUUGCUAAUGCCGCCGGCUGUCGAUCUGAGAUCUGUGUCGUUUGAGUGAUCCGGGGGGCAGCGAGGUCCGAUUUGAUUUGAUGGAGGAUCUUAGAUCAGCACUCGCACAGUAAGACCUUCCCCCUCCCUGGUCCUCUAUAACUGUGAUGUUGUUCCUGAACAGUGCCAUUGAUUUUUUUUUAUUCGAAAUAACCCGUUCUGAUGCAGAGGAAAAGACAUUUAAACCUCGUACUUUAUGAAAUGUUUAAAAACGUGUAUAUUCAGUGUCCCUGAGGCCACGUGAAUGUCUUCAUUUCACCUCAAUCUGUCUUGUGUUUCUAAAGAUUCUAUAUGCGACAAAGAAAAAACGCAAAUUGUCAUAUUUUAGAGUGGGUUAAAGAAAUAAUAAACCAGCUCAUCUUUGCAGCAAGUGAAGAAGUUUUAGAAUAAUAAAGCAAAUGAAGUUAUCGCCUGUAUAAAUCAUAUACAUAACUGUACAGAAUGUUUCCCCCUUAUUGAAUUGAUGGCGUUUUUUGGAAAUAAACUCCUCACGUUUCCUCCUCCUCUGUGAUCUGAAUCGACGACUGUAUACUCAGCAUCACACGUGUAGAUGUUAAUGUGUUUGUGUAUUGUUGUAUUGUUGUAUUUUGAGUGCGGACAUCUCCGUCUGUACUGAACCACAGACUCUCCGACUCGUAGAAAAGCCUCACGGAUCUCGAUCAUCGCAACAUAUCAGCUGCUUUUAUUUGUUUUUCUCGUUGAUUUUACAUUUCUUACAUCAUGAAUCGUUCGUCACAUCUCAUGUUAAUAGUAAAUGUGAAAUUUAGAUAACUGACAUAGUUAUCGCUUCUAUUUAGAAAUGUUGUCAACCUAUAUUCAUAAAAAAAAAAAAAAAAGAUAUUUAAGCAGAACUUAUAUUGGAGUGAAUUUGUUUGUCCCCUCCAUCACUGGUAUAUUGUGAUAUUUUGUGCAACAGGACAGAUUAUUCCCUCAAUGUAUAGAUGACGAAUGACUCAAUGAAUAGUGCUAUCUGAAAUAUAUAUAUAUAAAUAUAUAUACUGAGCCUCA